AUGGAAGAAAAGCAUGAUAUUGAUAAGGCUGAUGAUAUUUUAUUGCCCGGUUUCCGAUUUCAUCCCACUGAUGAGGAGCUUGUUGGGUUUUAUCUCAAGAGAAAAAUUCAACAGAACUUGCGUCCGUGGAGUUUGGAGAGUAUGCCACCGUGUGAACUGGCCACCACAGGAGAGAAGGAAUGGUACUUUUACUGUCAAAGAGACAGAAAAUAUAGAAAUAGUUCAAGGCCUAAUAGAGUCACAAGAGGUGGGUUUUGGAAAGCAACAGGCACUGACAGACCUAUUUACUCAUCUAAUGCAACCAAUUGUAUUGGCUUGAAGAAAUCACUUGUGUUCUACAAAGGAAGAGCUGCUAAAGGGAUGAAGACUGAUUGGAUGAUGCACGAGUUUCGCCUACCUUCAUCCUCCGAGUCACACCCACAAAAAAAGCUACAUGACAAGAAUCUUUCUGCUCAUGUAAUAAUUCUAGUUGCCAAUUUUGAUUACAUAAAUAGCUAA